AUGAAUCCCGUGGUCGUGGUCCAUGGAGGUGGCGCCAGCAAUAUCUCCAAGGACCGGAAAGAGUGUGUGCGCCAGGGGAUCAUGAGAGCCGCCACAGUGGGUUACAACAUCCUCAAGGAGGGAGGGAGCGCGGUGGAUGCUGUCGAAGGAGCGGUGACGGUGCUGGAAAACGAUCCCGAGUUCAACGCAGGAUGUGGAUCUGUCUUGAAUGUAAAUGGUGAUGUUGAAAUGGAUGCCAGUAUCAUGAAUGGGAGAGAUCUGUCCACGGGAGCAGUAUCUGCAGUUCGCUGUAUAGCCAAUCCCAUUAAACUUGCACGCCUUGUUAUGGAAGAGACGUCUCAUUGCUUUCUAACUGACCGAGGUGCAACAAAAUUUGCAGUAGCCAUGGGGGUUCCACAGAUUCCUGCAGAGAAACUGAUAACAGAGAGAAACAUCAAGAACUUGGAAAAAGAUAAACGUGAGAAAGGAACUCAGAAACCAGACGGUGAAAAAAAUUUGGGGACCGUGGGUGCCGUUGCCCUGGAUUGCAAAGGAAACGUCGCAUAUGCUACCUCCACAGGGGGUAUCAUUAAUAAAAUGGUCGGUCGUGUUGGGGACUCGCCAUGUGUAGGAUCCGGGGGCUAUGCUGACAAUAACAUCGGAGCCGCAUCAACGACGGGGCACGGGGAGAGCAUCCUGAAGGUGAACCUGGCCAGGCUGACUCUCUUCCACGUGGAACAAGGAAAGACGCUGGAAGAGGCGGCUACCCUGUCCUUGGGUUACAUGAAGUCCAGGCUGAGAGGGUUGGGUGGUAUCAUCUUGGUCGACAAAACCGGAAACUGGGCAGUAAAGUGGACCUCCACCUGCAUGCCCUGGGCCGCCGCCAAGGAUGGCAAGCUGCACUGUGGCAUCGAGCGGGACGAGUCCACUACUGUUGACCUGCCCUGA